AAUAAAUGAGGUUAUGUUCUGAAUCGGUCAGUACCUCAGCUUGGUACAUACAAUAUUAAUAUUUUAAUUUUGCUUCCGUUUAUAAAAAUAUGUAAAAAAGAAUUACAAUGGCUGUUAGCAGAUUGUGUGCAGCAUUUCGACAAAUAACAAUAAAGGGAGAAAGUAAUAUUAUCGCGAGAUAUUACUCUUCCCAUAUGUUAAAAGGAUGCAAUAAUGCUUUGAAUUUUUCUAAUUUUUCUAAAAAUGCAUUAAUUGUAAGUCCUUCAAACGUGCAUAUUAAAUUUAUACCAAAAACACUUGAUAUAGAUUUUAGAAAUCCAGGCAGUACUACUAAAAAAAAUAUAUAUGAAAUACCAUUAUCAAGAUAUAUGCCAUCAAUGGAAGAACCUUUAAUAAAACAGCCUAUUAAGCAGGAUUUACCAUUAACAAAUACAUCUUUUGAACUUCCUGCAACAGAAAAUAUUUUAGAAAAAUUAGCUGUACGUUUAAUGAUAAUUAGAAAAAAAAAGAUGAAGAAACACAAAAGAAGGAAACUACGUAAAAGAAUGAAGUUUGUGUGGGCAAAGAUAAGAGCAAAUCGUAAUAUAACAAAGGAAAAAGUAUUUCAAGCAGAAUUAAUUGCACAAAUUAAAGAAGCCCACAUGUUUAAUGCUAAAAAAUAUGUUGAAGAAAGACUUGCAAUUUUGGAUAAAGAAAUAUUACCAAAAACAUUUAGAGGUGAAAUAUUGCCUGAAGACAUGAUUAGGAAAUUCAUACAAGAAAAAGUAGAAAAAAAAAUGAGAAAACAUAAUAGACCACGUUUAACACUUGAUUAAAUAUAUAUAUUGGACACAUAAUUGUUUAUCACUAUAGAAAUAAAUAAUAUGCUUUGAUUCUCUACACUAUGUAGAUAUGCAAAAUAAAUUUUUAAUGUUUUAAAAUUGAA